CGAACCACUGGUGCGUAAUGGUGCACGACUGGACGGCAGAUGUUCCACCAGCGGGACACUCUGUCUCCGCACACUUUGUCUGAACUUCGUAGGCGUGCGUUAACUUGCUCUCCUGCCCUUUAAAAAAAAGAAGAAAAAAAAAAAAAAAGAGGCAAGCUCAGGAAGGAAAGGACGAAGAAGAGCGAGAAGGAGAAAGAGAGAGAGAGAGAGGGGGGAGAGAGAGGGGGAGAGAAAAAUUGGACUGCCUCUUCAAAUCGUCCCGUUUUUUUUUUUUUUUUUUUUUUUACGGGGGAUUUGUCGUCAUCAGCACCGCAGAUAUCCCACCUUAGCUCCCUUAAUGGAUGGGGCAGACGUGGUCUAUGCAGCUCAGCACAGACCAAAAGUUUGGAAACCUCUCGUGAAUAUCCGUCGGUUUGGCGUCUAAAGGGAAACGCUCAGAAAUGCGCGGCUGCUUCGCCGGAGUUCAACUCUGAGCAACUCUUUCUGCUGCAUUCGUGCGUUUUUUUCUUUCUUCUUCUUUUUUUUUGUUGUUCAGGAGGAAGGACUCUGCAAAAAGUUUGCAACAGAAAGGAAAACUCAGCGCUGAAGUAGCAGCUCUCUCACCAAAGCCCUCGCUAUGGAUUGUAUGUAUUUAUUGAUGUGCUUCUCUGUCACUCAACUACUUUUGGAUCCGAUCUUCGCUGCAGAAACGCACGAAAAACUCUCGGGAAAGCUAAGUGAGUAUGGUCUCAUCGUGCCAUUCAGCACCGACUCCCGCGGCAGGUACAUUUCUCACGUGGUCUCUGCUGGAAGCGGAAGUAAAGGCGCUGCAGCUGCUGCUGAUGGUGAGGAUGACGGUGGCGAUGGUGAUGAUGAUGAUGAUGGUGGUGAUGGUGGCGAUGGCGCCCCGGCCCUUGGCGGCAGAAGAAGGGUGGCCCGCGAUGCCCCCGCGUCGCCCCCGGUGACCCCCGCCCCGUCACAGCACUUGUUUUUCAAUGUCACUGUGUUUGGGAAGGAGCUCCACCUCCGCCUGCGGGCCAACAGGAGGCUGGUGGCCCCAGGUGCUUUUGUGGAGUGGCAGGAGGACUACGUGGAAAAGACCAAGGAACGUAUCCACGGGGACUGUGUUUUCACCGGAGACGUGAGCGACAUGCCCGAGGCCUCCGUGGCCAUCAGCAACUGUGACGGACUGGCAGGUCUGAUACGGACUGAUAACGGGGAGUUUUUCAUCGAGCCCCUCGAGAAGGGACAACAGGACGUGGAAGUGAAGGGCCGUGUCCACGUGGUCUACCGCAGGUCAGCCCUCAAGCGGGAGACGGGCCAGCGGAGAGAGGACCUCCACAAUGAAGUGACAGACUUUGGGAUCGCAGACCUUCCCGCGGCUCUGGACCUCGUCGAACGAAAACUGCCCGAGUCCGAGCGCAAAAGGAGGCACGCGAAGAAAGACGACUACAACAUCGAGGUGCUGCUGGCUGUGGACGACUCGGUGGUGCGCUUCCACGGCAAGGAGCACGUGCAGAAUUACGUUCUCACGCUCAUGAACAUAGUUGAUGAAAUCUACCAUGAUGAAUCUUUGGGAACCAACAUCAAUGUUGUCCUUGUACGAAUGAUAAUGGUGGGAUACCGACAGUCCAUAAGCCUGAUCGAGCGCGGCAACCCGUCCCGCAGCCUGGAGCAGGUGUGUCGAUGGGCCAACACGCAGCAGCGCCGCGACCCCGACCACGCUGAGUACCACGAUCAUGCAAUCUUCCUCACAAGGCAAGAUUUUGGUCCCGCAGGUAUGCAAGGUUACGCUCCAGUUACAGGGAUGUGCCACCCGCUGAGGAGCUGCACCCUGAACCACGAGGACGGCUUCUCCUCCGCCUUUGUGGUCGCUCAUGAAACUGGCCACGUGCUUGGCAUGGAGCACGACGGCCAGGGCAACCGUUGUGCAGAUGAGACCAGUAUGGGCAGCAUCAUGGCGCCACUGGUCCAAGCAGCUUUUCACCGCUACCACUGGUCACGUUGCAGUAAGCAGGAGCUCAAUCGAUACAUCCACUCCUAUGACUGCCUGCUGGAUGAUCCCUUUGAACACAAGUGGCCCAAGCUCCCCGAGCUCCCUGGCAUAAAUUACUCUAUGGACGAGCAGUGCCGCUUUGAUUUUGGUGUCGGGUAUAAAAUGUGCACUGCUUUUCGAACAUACGACCCUUGCAAGCAACUGUGGUGCAGUCACCCCGACAACCAGUACUUUUGUAAAACCAAAAAAGGUCCUCCGGUGGAUGGAACAGAGUGCGCACCGGGAAAGUGGUGCUUCAAGGGCCAUUGCAUCUGGAGAUCGAGCCAGCAGCCUCAGGGCCACGAUGGGAGUUGGGGCUCCUGGUCAAAGUUCGGCUCCUGCUCCAGAACCUGUGGAGGUGGAGUUCGUUCCCGCAGCAGACAGUGCAACAACCCGGCGCCUGCCUACGGAGGUCGAGAUUGCCCCAGCUCCGCUUUCGACUACCAAAUGUGCAACACGGAGGAGUGUGCUGGCCCUUACGAGGACUUCCGUGCUCAGCAGUGCAUCCAGAGGAGCAACAAGUACCACAAAAACAUCAAGCACACCUGGCUCCCUUACGAGCACCCAGAUGAGGCACGAAAAUGUGAGAUGAGCUGCAAGUCGAAAGAAACUGGAGAGGUGGUGUUCAUGAACCAGGUGAUGCACGAUGGGACCCGCUGCAGCUACUCAGAGCCCUUCAGCGUGUGCGCCCGAGGAGAGUGUCUGCAUGUAGGCUGCGACAAGGAGGUCGGUUCCUACAAACAGGAGGACAAAUGUGGAGUGUGCGAAGGGGACAACUCUCACUGUCGGACCGUCAAGCUGACGCUCACCAAGACGCCCAAAAAGAAUGGAAUGCUGAAAAUGUUCGACAUCCCGAUGGGAGCGCGCCACAUAGUCAUCGAAGAGAAUGAGACUUCGCCUCAUUUAAUUGCUGUGAAGAAUCAAGUAACUGGAAACUUCAUACUGAAUGCAAAAAGUGAAGACGCUGAAACGAAGACAUUCAUCGAGAACGGUUUACAGUGGGAGUAUUCUCUUGAUGGUGCGAAGGAGACCCUGGAAACAACUGGACCUUUGUAUGAAGCCAUUGUGGUGCUGGUUAUUCCCCAGGAAGAAGACUCAAAGAUAAGCCUGACGUAUAAGUACAUCAUACACGAGGACCUGUUACCGCUUAUCACAAACAACAAUGUCCUUUUGGCCGAACUAGACACAUACGAGUGGGCACUGAAGAGCUGGUCUCAGUGCUCCAAGCCCUGCGGGGGAGGCAUUCAGUACACUAAAUAUGGAUGCAGGAGGAAGAGUAACGGCCGCUUGGUACAUCGAAACUUUUGUGAAACCAGCAAAAAGCCCAAACCCAUUCGGAAACGCUGCAAUGUCCAAGAGUGCAGCCAGCCCACGUGGAUGGUGGAGGAGUGGAGUCCCUGCAGUAAGACGUGCGGGAAGCUCGCCUACCAGACCAGGGCGGUGCAGUGCAUGCAGGCGCUCCACAACGGCACCAACCGGCCCGUCCACAGCAAGCACUGCACCGAGGACCGGCCGGAGACGAGGAAGCUGUGCAACCACACCGCGUGCCCCGCCCAGUGGAGGACAGGGGCGUGGUCUCAGUGUUCAGUGACCUGUGGUGAAGGGAUUCAGCAAAGACAGGUGGUCUGCAAGGCCAGCGACAACACCAUCGGAGAAUGUGAGGGCGAGAAGCCGGAGACAGUCCUCAUUUGCAAACUAGUUUCUUGUCCAGAUGAGCCAUGUCAGGGGGAUAAAUCCAUUUUCUGUCAAAUGGAAGUUCUUGCCCGAUAUUGCUCCAUCCCUGGAUAUAAUAAGCUUUGCUGUGAGUCUUGCAACAAGAAAGAAAACCUCACCACACACGUCCCCGACCUCCAAAACACCCAAGUGGCCUCAGCUGAACCUGAAACCCCAGCUCCUUCUCGCCCUGCAACCCGCAAGGCUCCUCCGCCCGCCACCACCCCCGGCGCGGCGCCAACCACUAAGCCCGCCGCCCGGCGGCUCCGCGCCACCGUCCCGCCAACCACCGCCGCCACUGCUGGUGAAGCCUCGCCAUCCACGGGUUCCGCGGCGCCCAAGGGUCCCGCCGGGGACUCCGCCCUCACCGCUGGGAAAGGAGAGUCAGAGGCGGGGCCUCUUCUACCUCCGGGGCCUCCGCGGCCCACAGCAGACUCCACUGGAGGUGCCUCCAAAGAGCACAGUCCAAACAGCACUUUAGGCCCAGUCGCUGCCAGGUCAAGAAGGGACGCUCUGGGAGCCGAGAGGGACUCGAGCAAGCGCUGCACCGAGGACCGGCCGGAGACGAGGAAGCUGUGCAACCACACCGCGUGCCCCGCCCAGUGGAGGACAGGGGCGUGGUCUCAGUGUUCAGUGACCUGUGGUGAAGGGAUUCAGCAAAGACAGGUGGUCUGCAAGGCCAGCGACAACACCAUCGGAGAAUGUGAGGGCGAGAAGCCGGAGACAGUCCUCAUUUGCAAACUAGUUUCUUGUCCAGAUGAGCCAUGUCAGGGGGAUAAAUCCAUUUUCUGUCAAAUGGAAGUUAAUGCCCGAUAUUGCUCCAUCCCUGGAUAUAAUAAGCUUUGCUGUGAGUCUUGCAACAAGAAAGAAAACCUCGCCACACACGUCCCCGACCUCCAAGCUGAACCUGAAACCCCGGCUCCUUCUCACCCUGCAACCCGCAAGGCUCCUCCGCCCGCCACGGCGCCAACCACCGCCGCCGCCGCCACUGCUGGUGAAGACUCGCCAUCCACGGGUGCCGCCGCGCCCAAGGGUCCCGCCGGCGACUCCCCCCUCACCGCUGGGAAAGGAGAGUCAGAGGCGGGGCCUCUUCUACCUCCGGGGCCUCCGCGGCCCACAGCAGACUCCACUGGAGGUGCCUCUAAAGAGCACAGUCCAAACAGCACUUUAGGCCCAGUCGCUGCCAGGUCAAGAAGGGACGCUCUGGGAGCCGAGAGGGACUCGAGUCACAGGACCCUGUCGGCUCGGCAAUGAACAGUGAGCGAUGUUGUGAACGUGCUGCUCAGUUGAGACGGUCUCGUUCAUUAGAUCUCUCUCGGCGGCAUGUGAUAGAAUCACUGCAGAUGUUUUCUCUCUCUUUUAUUUUGGCAGAAAUUGUAUUGUUUUUUCCAUGCCAGUGAAUUUAGACCAGACCAGCGAUGGUUACCUCAUCAAAACUCCGGUGAUCUGUGCGCAGCGUCGCUCCAACCUCUGCGCUUCAAAUAUGAAACGGAAGAGAAAAAAACAAACUUCAGGUCAGGUGCUGUAAACUAAAAACGACUUCAAGGCGUGUUCAAAAUGUGAUGACUGCAUUGCUACAUUCAUGUUUUUAUCUGUGUACAGUUGUGUAAUCCUGUUUUCUCAAGUGCAUUAGAACUACUAUUGAACUUGUAUUGUGAACAUGCGAGGAGAGGCCAUGGUUUUGAAGGUGCACGUGUCAUGGAGAAUGGAGUGUGCCACCUAGUUGGCAAUGGAGUGUGCCACCUAGUUGUAGAUCCUGCUUUCAUCUCAUAAUUAGUGUUGUUUUUCAAGGGUCCAUUUUAAAGACAAAUUAAAUAACACAAAGGAAGUUGGCCGUUUUAUCAUUUUUAUUUCAUGUCAUUCUGUUUCAAGAAUUGGUACAAUUUUAAAAUAUCUCAAAAAUAUAUUCUUUAAACCUUUUAAACAGCUGUUUCUCUUAUUCCCUCUACUAACCUCACAAUUUACUGCCCAGUGACCAUUCGAUGAUUUAUCUCUCAUUUAAAGACACCCAGAUGUUUUUUUACCAGAUGUAAAAAGGUUGUGGCACCUAAAACUUACAUAACUAGAUACACAAAGGCAUGGCUCAGCAGAGGGUGGCAGCAGAGUGCGUUACACAACAGCUGCGAACAUCGACACCAACCUCUUAGUUGUGGAUUAAGCGGAGUAGGGAGAACCAAUUGGCCUAAUUUCCUAACAUUUGUUAAGUCUACAUAGAAACAGAAAUGUUUUUGGUGUCACUAACUCUUGACAAGCAGCUUGGUGCAGUGACUCCGUGGCACAAAGAUAUUACUAACCAAACCAAACUAACCAAAUGUUCAUUAUUACGAAAAACAGACGUUCCCUUAUCCCUUCAUUAUUUAAUUGCAAAUAUAAUGAAUUCUUUUUCUUUCUCGUUUUGUAGGAUAAUCUAAUGAUUUAUAAUAAGAAUUCAAUUAUUUUUCCAGUGGCACACUCCAGACUCCGUAGACGUCACUCUUGGCUCACAGCCUCAUCGCUUCUCUGUCCCCGGUGCUCUUUUUCGUUCUUUGUUCCCAAAACUAACGUACCAGUGAUUAUAGUCACUGCUAAACCCAACCCAACUGUAGCAUGCCCACCCUCUGCCUUUUGUGGACGUCACUGACUUAGAAGAAAACAAUGUAAGGAUGAAAAAAAAAAAUCUGUUUUUGUAUCUGAUAUAUAUUUUUUAGAGAAAAUGUAUAUAGUGUAAAUUUGAACUCACGAAAAGAAAUGAACAACCAGGAAUUGAAUGGAAAGUAUGUUGCAAUUGUAAAAUGUAGGCGAUGCUGUAAGUCUACAGACUGUGGUUGGUCCUACUGUUACGUCAUUACUGCAUUGCAGAUCAUAACAUCAUUAUUUUUAUUGUAUAGUUCUUGUAUAUACGUAAUGAAAGCUUUAAAUGUUAAUAUUUAUUGAAUUUUUAUGUGCUAUGGAGAACAAAGUAAAACAAGUUUGAAAGAACAGA